UCCUCAGCCCAGGCCCGACACCUCUUCGUCUCCCUCGCGUACAUCGACAGGAGCUCCCCCAUGGCGACUCGAUUCCAACCCUAGCUGACCCGGCCGCCGCCCGCAUCUCCGGCGCUCCCGUCGGGAUCCAUCUCCGGUGAUCCCGCCCUCGUUCUCCCGCGAGCCCGCCCUCGCUCGCCCUCGCCCUCGCCCUCGAGCCCGCCCCUGCAAGUGAUUCCGCCGCCACGGGGAUUCGUCGCCGCCACGGAGGACAUUGCCGCCUGUGAACAAGGCUUUCUUCCCGGCCUCUGAUUCCUCUUCUCCAUCAAUUGCGCCUGGAAUUAGAAGCAAAGGUGGUCCAAUGGCUUCAGGUGCUCCCAGUAUCAUGUUUCGACGUCUUUUCAAAACCCUUACUGUAAACCCAGCAUUGGUGUCUGGCAUGACCAGCCAGCAUCAGCAGCUGCAACAGCGUGCACCAGUGAGUGGCACAUCCAAAGGCAAGGCUAAGCUGAAAGCAGGCCUGCCUUUGAAGCGUAACGUCAUAGCAAAGAAGGGCGGCACGGCUUCCACUGGUGGGGGUGGUGGAGCUGGCCGUGGUCGUCGGGAGGCCAUUGAGCGUAUUACUCAGAUUGCAGAAUCCUGUCUCAAUUCCCCUACUCCUCUACGUCACUUGACCCCCAAGGAGCGUCUUCGCGAGGCAAAACGGGAGGAGCUUGGACUUGUCUCCAAGGAACGGCAACGUGAACUUGACAUCGCCAAGGCUAAAGCCAAGUCCAAAGAUAAGGGUGGAGGUGACGGUGGCCGUGUGCUUAUGGGGCCGCCGGGCCUUGACUAUAUCAGUCUAGGUCUGGUAGAUGAGGAGGCCAUCCCUGAAUAUGAGCUGACAGUUGAAGAUGGUCGGCGUCUUGCCAAAGAAUACAGCCGUGUGCUAAUGCGACGGCACCGUGCACGGCAAACUGCAGAAUCAGCACUUUUGAGGCUCAAGAAUGAGGCCAUCGCUGCACUCCCUGAGAAGCUGCGAGCUGCUGCUAUGGUUCCUGACAUGGCACCGUUCCCUGCAAACCGGUACAUGGCAACUCUCACACCACCAAUCGAAGGGUAUAUUGAGAAGGUGCGGGAUGCUGCCAAGAAGUAUUCGGUGAAGGAGAAACUUCGCUGAGUUUUAUUCGAGGGGGGAAAGAGUCGAUAUAAGGUACCUGAGCAUGUGAGCUAUGAUGUGAAAGCAGCCUCUGUAGACUGGCAUAACGUUUUCAAUUAAUUGGAAGCUUGGUGAUCUAGUCAGACCCAAGAGCUGGAAAUCCUUUGUGCCAGAUUAUCCACUAUGUUUUGUUUUCUCGAUUUAAUUAUAUGAAUGGCACUUUCUGCAGCUGGUAAAUGUUUCUAGUUUUUUCUCCACUGGAUCUAGGAUGCAUGUUGUUACAGCUGUAACUUGUGUAAUAAGAGUGCUGACAAUGAGAGAAGAAUUUGCGGCUCCUUUCAAAUGGUGCCUGGGAUGCUUAUGUCUUCCAUUUCGAUCUUAGGAACUUGUUUCGCUGUUAAGUUUUC